UAGUCUUUGUUUUCCAUUUUUUGUCAUCCAUCAAAUAAGUUUGUUGUAUCUAGUUAUGGUAACUUUCUAUUUUUAAUUGGGUGGGUUUCAUUUUUCUAUUAAUAACUUCAAUCUUUUUUUUUCUAUUUCUCUUGCUCUACCAGUUUUACAUUAAAACACAUACCGACCACCACUAAAAUUAUUUUUGGUGGAUGGAGAUAUACUAUAUAGUAUGACAUACAAGUAAAUAACCAAAAUCUGGAUUAUGAAAUUUAAUCUGAAAAUUAUGAAAUUACCACGAAAAUCUAGUUACCGUUCUUAAUUAGAUGACUGAACCCUUUUUCAUCUCUCACCCUCUCGUGCUGGUUAGAAUGUCUGCCAUCGACUUAUGCUCAGUCGACAAAGUUAAAGGUGCAAUGGAAAGGACCGUGUUGUUUUGAUAUUCGGCGGGAAGUAUCUUCCACACACUGAGCAUGUCACUUAUUCGUCUCCCAUAUUCGACACACUGCGCAACCAUCCUCCUCAUUGCAAGUAGCUAUGCCACAAUAUAUAAAUACUCUCUGUUGGAUAUUUGGGCGGUGGCUAUGUGGACUAUUAUUUGGGCUGUGAAUUAAAUGAGGCUCAGAUGGAAUUGUUGGGCUGGUGGCUGCCCUAGCCCAAUGCUCAGGUGAUAUACACCCCUCUCCCUCACUCUGCCGCUUGACAUUCGAUGAACUCUCUCUUCUCUCUACUCUCUCUCUCGACUGUUGAAUUCUCUCUUCUCUUCUUCUUCACCAAUGAGUCUCCGGUUGUUUCCCUGUGAUCUUUCACGGUUAUUUGAGUGAUUGAUCUUGUGUGAGUGUUGGAGAAUGCAACUACUUCGGUUGCUGGGGUGUUGGUGAAACUAGGGUUUUCUGUGUGAGAGAUUUCUGUGAGUUUGUGUUCGAGAGGUUUCAGAUCUGGCAUAGUGGAGUGGUUUGGGGUUGAUAUCUGGUGUGUGAGGUGAAUCACUGGUGGAUUCAAUGUGCUCCCUUGGAUCUGGUUUCUGGAUAAUAGAUUCGUACUAUUAGCGGGUGGUUGAGCCAUUGCUAAGAUCUAUUCGGUUUCGUUGUAUUUCUUGUGUUUUCUACUCGCUUGUUUGCUUUACUCUUAAGAUCCGAGAGGAUCCUUCUUGUUGUGCUAACGUGUGUGUUAAGUGUGCAGGUUUACACGGUGGUUCAGUAGCUUCCGGUCAAGGAGAGCUAGGUUCCUUGUGUAAUAGCUAGUUAUUGUAAUAGCUAGAUUUUUUGUAAAUCAGCUGCGUGGUUGAGAGUUUGGCUGAACUCUCUUAUAUAAGAACAAAGAGGUCUUGGUAAUUAGUGAACCUGGACUUGUCUGAUCCCUAAACUCUCUUUGGUUUUGCAGUUUACCGAGCAUAUGGUGUCGAGUGAUAGAUGGAAAAGAUGCUAAUAAACCAGGUUUUGGACCGUGUGAUGAAUGCUUAUUGUGUGAUAAAUUUAUAAUAAAUAUAAAAAAAAUAAAAAUUCUUACUGUGUGAGUUGUGAUAUUAAUUUUCGACUUUCCAAAAUCUGCAUAUGCGAAAAAAGAGAAAAGUAUAUAUAUAUAGGAGUAUUAUGUAUUAUUAUGGCAUACAAAUAAAAGAAAUAUGUUUACCACAUGAGGCAAUAAAUAAAAAUAUAUAUUGGACUUAAUGUGCCUCAAACUAUACGAACUUUGGUUUUUUAUUUUGCCUUUUUCUAAAACGUUAAAAUAGUAACUGAGAGGAAGAGUUAAGGGCUAAUAAUUAAAAUUAUGUGGUCACUAAUCCUCAAACGCGGGGAUAGCUCAGUUGGGAGAGCGUCAGACUGAAGAUCUGAAGGUCACGUGUUCGAUCCACGUUCAUCGCAUUAAUUUUUAUUUUAUUGCCUUUAUUCCCAACUUACUAAUUUAAUUCUGAUUUAUAUUUUAAAAACAUUUUUUGGUAUUUAUUGUGUUUAAAUUCCUUUAUUUGAACUUGCUACUAAUUUCAUUCUGAUUUGUUUUUUAAAACUUGUUUGUAAUUAUUGUCUUUAAUUUCCUUUAUUUGAACUUGCUACUAAUUUGUGUUUUUUUUGUACUUAUAUCCUUUGUUAGAUUUCCUAUUACUUAAUAUAAAAGUGUAUGCUUAAAAACUCCAAAAUCGUAUUCGCACCAUAACAUGACCAACCCAUUUUUCGCUCUAAUUAAAUGAAUUUUUUAAAAUUGAGAUUAUAAUAAGUUUACAAGACUAAUUGAAUUAUUAAAAUGAAUUUAUAAUAUUAAUGACAACACAGCCUCAUUGAAGACUCCACAUUUUUAAAUGGUUAAAAUGACACUAUUAUUUGACACCUGGUUUCCCUUCCUAGUUUAUUCAUUCCAUAAAAGUCAAAUAAUGCAGAGAGAGAAAGCAGUUGUAUUCCAUUGUCUUUAUGUUUGGAUGAUGCUUAGCUCAUGUGUACCAACCUAUCAUUAUUACAUUUUCUCAACGUUAUUAUUUUCAAAAUUCAAUGGAGGGACAAUGAAUAUAUAUGUCACAUUCUCUCUCUAUAGUCUGCUGAAAUUGGAUUCAUUGAUUUCCAUUACAUCAAAUGGGAUGCUUUGUUUCAUGCUUUGGACUCAAAACCAAGAAGAAGAAGAAGAAGACCAGAAAACCUUCUUCGCUUGAACAAGACAGCAGAAGCUAUGUGCCUCUUGACUCUGAUCUCAAACAAAACCUCCAUUCUGAUACAUCUCAGCUCAAGGAGGAGAAGCCAUUAGUACUCAAGCUUAAAAAGAAAGUGAGGUUCAAUCUGAAUGUCAAGGCUUACGAACCGAUCCCUGAUGACGAUGAAGUCGAGGGGGGAGAAGAAACGGGCUUGCGCUACGAAGAGGAUGUGAUCGCGUCGUCCUACCCUGCAAGCUACAGAUAUCACAACUGCAGGUACAGCGACAGUGAAGAAGACGGGGACAUAGAUCUUGAUGAAGAUGAGGAUGAUGAUGAUGAUGAUGACGACUUUAGUAGCAUUCAGAGUGAUGAUAUUGGAUCAGAUAAUGAUGUUAAGAAUCAGGAUCAAGAAAGUGUAGGCGACUUACUGCAGCAGGCGACUGAAUCAAGAUCGGAUGCUGGACGAUAUGUUUCUUCUGUGCUUUGUCCGGUUGAGAAUUUAUCUCAAUGGAGAGCAGUGAAAGCCAAGGCCGCAAUAGUGCAGCCGAAGCUGCAGAAGGAGAACAUAAUCCUCUCAGCCACGGAUCCUCACUCUGACUCGAAAAGGAGAAGUGAUGUUGCAGUUGAUGCAAGUCUAUCAAACUGGCUGAGCUCGUUGGAAAUGAAUCCUCUCGUCAAGAGCAGCGGUUCAGGUCAGAGAUUAGACCUGUAAGAAGCUGCAUAUCGAACAUUUCAUGUCAGUGUUGCAGGGGGGGUACAUAAAAAUAUAUUUUUCAAGGGAUUUUGAGAAUUCUACCUUGCUGCUUUGUUUGAUUUGAGUUGUGGCAGCAGUUUUUCUUCGGUUUUGGCACAUAUUUUUCUGGUCGUUUGUUGGUGAGUUUCGUAAGGCAUGAAAACAGAACAAUCAUAAACAGUUUGUUGUUUCCUAGUUCGAUAAGGCAUAUGCUGUUGUUACUGGAUAGCAUCAAAUGUCAAGUUUGGAGAAUUGUUACAGCAUUCUUUCAAAUUUCUGUAAGUAGUCAAAAUAUGAAUAUAUGAAAAGUAGAAACUGUGAGAGCACCUGUUAAGGCA